AUGGUUGAUAGAGCAAAUGCUAGCACAACUACGAUGAAGGUAUAUCCAAUCUCUUGUGUGGAAUGCCGGAGGAGGAAAAUCAAGUGCAAUAAAGUGGGCCCUGUUUGCAAUCAGUGUAUCAAGAGGGAUACGUCAUGUGAAUACCCUGGAAAGUUUCGUUCAAUUGAGGUAGAGACUUUGUUAGAGGACAAGCCCAAAGUGGUUGGAAGGCCGGGGAUAGACAGAAAUGCCUCAUAUAGGUCCCAAUCUGGCAGCUCUGAGUCCAACAACGAGAAGAAAGCCGCCAGUCCCGGAGGAACGGUUCAGGUAAAAUUCGAGGAAGAGACAGCACCCAGUGAGGUAGAGGAAGACCAGCUUGAGGCUAUUCAGAGGGAGAAUGAGGUGUUGAAGCUAAAGCUGAAGGAGCUACGAUUAAAGCUGAGGCAGCACGGAACUGACAAAGCCUCAGAGGAAAAUGGGUUGUUGAAGCCACCGUUUCGCAGUGGAGACUUUUCUGAUAACGAGGACACGGCUAAUGCCAAAAGAGGCAGGUAUUAUGGCCCCAACUCAACAGAAUACAUGAUUAGCCAAACCUCUACGAAAACGGAGAACGGGACUAACGAUUCUGAUUACGACAAUUUCAUGAAGAUGAGGAGGCAGAUCAGCCAGAAGCGCGAUUUGCCUAUUUUGAUAGAUGUUCCUCUAGAGUCUUUGAGCAAAAUCAAAGUGAGAAGACAGUUGGCUACUUCUCCGAAGAACAUUGAGCUGAUAAUCAAGCUUGUGAAGCGCUUCUUCAUGUUCAAGACCCAUAACAUCAACUUUGUUUCCGAGAAGCCUUUGAUUGAUUUUUUGAAUAACUACACGAGAAUGAAGGAAUGGUCGCAUGAUGAUGAGAUGUUGUUAGUGUUGGCCAUUCUGAUCACGGUCUUGCGAAGCCUGGAACCAGAUAAUGCCCUUUUGGUCGAGAACAACCUAAGCUAUGCCAAGAUGCGUGGAACGCUGUACAAGCAGUUCAAGAACUUGAGAAAUGGUGUUUCGAUAGACACUGUCACUAACCUUCAGGCUUACGUCAUAGAGUGCGAAGACCUCUUCUACAACGAUCAGCCUGAGAAAAGCUGGACCUUGCUGUUUCGGAUUGUGAGCUCUGCGUAUUCUCUUGGUUUACACGUAUUUGAUAAGAAUAUUGUGAAAACCUUGAAGAACGAGGUCGGUGAGAAGAGUCUGGAGGUGAUCCGGAAGCACCCGAGAACAUCCCUUUGGUUGACAAUCAACUUCCUGAGUGCGGUUCUUUGCUCCAUUCUUGGCAGGCCAAACCCUGUAACGUUUACCUUCCAGCCGUUACUGAGAAACUGUGAAAUCAGGCUGAACUACAAAAUUGGGAUUUCGGAGCUGAUCAAGAAGUCUACCCAAGUACUGAUCGAGUCUUACAAGGUAGAGAUCGAUUACUCCACGAUUUUGGAAAUUGAUGAGGAGUUUGAGAAUGAAAUUAUCAUCUACGAGAAAAUUUUGUCUGAUAGGAGAGCCGCGAGGUUGGAACCAGGGUCUAAUACCUUUAAGGCAAGUUUGAUCAGGAUUCCGCUUCGUAUCACCAAAGACAGAAAGACAAAACGAAGACGCAGCGCCAGCGUUACUGCUCUGAACGAACUUCCUUCAGAUCUCACCUUUACCAUCCAAAAACGAUAUGAGGGAAAAAUGGAGAAAUACUCUCUUUUGGAAACAGAUUGUGAGACUAUAUGCGAUCUUAUCCUCGUUUAUGGAAAUCGCGCCAAGUUUCACCAACAUUUCAUGUCACAACACAAGAGUUCAGCCAAAUCGUGCCUGGAUUCUGUGAUCAAGGUUUUGGAUCAUUUCCUUGCGUUGGUGGAAAUAUUGAAGGAUAAGAUGGAUACCACGGACUUCCAGUCCAUCUACCCGUUCUUUUACUGUUUUGCCUACCAAUCUUUUGUUGUCAUUUACACGUUCCUGAUGAUGGGUUUACCUCUGGUAUACGACUUCUUUGACGAAAUCAAGCUUAUCAGGUCAAAAUUGCAGAAUCUGUUUGAAAAAGUUGGCGAAGAGCUUUGGAGACCAAGCACUAUCCGCAUUGUUCGGUAUAUCAAUGAGAUGUGUGAUAAUCUGAUCAAAAUCCACGAGGAGGAGGCUAAAGGCCCCAGUCGUGUUCCCAGCAUGGCCAGUAUGUCAAAUACUGGACUAUACAAAUCCAAUUCUGGACUUCUUCUGAAGUCACCUUCUGCAAGAAACAUGGCUCUUUUGCGCAAAAGCGACUCCAGUUUGUCAUUCCUUGGGUCGAGAGCACCAGCCGUGUUCCAGGAAGAUAAUUCCUCACCCAGAAAUCCUCUUUAUUCACCAAAUGGCUUUUUUGGAGAUGGAGAGGAACCAAACGUUCAGCCACCAGGUCCUGCUAGGUUUUCUAUAGGAUCCGAUUGCGGGGAUUUUGCUUUGGAGGACUCACCUUUUGGAAUCGACCCGCUGUUGGGAUUCAACCUGGACGAUCCGUUUUUUGUUCAAAACCCAAUCAACUUUAAUGUUGCAAGACCUGGUCCUCCAAUCAGAACUAACACUUCGGAAUACGCGAAUUACUUUGAUGGAGACGGAAACAUCAAUGAGUUUGGCGGAAGAGCGAAUACCGACUACUUGUUCAAUCUUGGAAAUCACAUUUCUUCUGAUGACGUUUAA